CCUAAAUGAAAAAUCAGAGAGAAAUAAAUUAAAAUCGUUAAGAUCUAAUCUUAUUGUUCCUCAUAUUUUAGAAAAAUAAAUAAUAAUCAUCGAGUUAAUAAAUCCGGAUUACUGCUUAUUUUUCUAAUAAUUUAAGGACCUUGUUUAGGAACUCUUAAAAAUCCUUCAGAAUGUACUUAUUGAUUAUUCUUAGAAAUUAUCUACAUCUAUCACUAAGCAAAACCGCAAUCAAAAAGAAGUGGGAGGAGGACAGAGGACAGGUGAAAGCUCUAAACUGCAGCCCUAAAAAGUAAAUUGCAAAAAAAACUCAUGAAACCACUUAAAAAAAUUGCUAUGUUCUUGCUUUGUUAACAUGGGAUUUGAACUCAAUAGAUUUCAAGGAGAAGUAGACGAAGAAUUAGUAUGUCCUAUAUGUUCGGAAGUUUUAGAAGACCCUAUUCAGGCCCCUGUUUGUGAACAUACUUUCUGCAAAACUUGUAUAACAGAAUGGAUCUCAAGACAACCCACUUGUCCAGUUGACAGACAAAUUUUAACGUCCCCACAGCUGCGCCAAGUGCCAAGAAUUAUAAGAAAUUUACUUUCAAGACUAUGUCUAACUUGUGAUAAUGCCCAAUAUGGGUGCACCCGUGUGCUAAAACUGGAUGCUCUACCCGCACAUUUAGAAGAAUGUGAACACAACCCUAAGCGACCUUUGCCCUGCGAACAAGGCUGCGGUCUAAUCAUACCCAAGGAUGAAUUGAAGGAUCACAAUUGCGUCAAGGAAUUGAGAGCUCUAAUUCACACACAACAACAGAAACUCAACGAGUUUCAACAGGAAAUCAAUGAACAAAGAUUUCUGUUAGCUGAACAAAGAAGAGAGAUGCAACUACUUAAGGAUUUUAUGAGAGCUAUGAGGAUAUCAAAUCCCUCAAUGAGAGCGAUAGCGGACGCGAUGGAGAGAGAUGAAGUACUGCGUUGGAGUAAUUCCUUGCAAAGGGCGAGGGUAACGCGAUGGGGUGGAAUGAUCUCUACACCAGAUGAAAUUUUACAGAGAAUGAUCAAAAGGACUUUAACAGAAAUGGGUUGUCCGCCUCAUAUCCUCGACGACCUUAUGGAAAAUUGCCACGAAAGGAGGUGGCCCCCCGGACUCUGCUCGCUGGAGACGAGACAGAACAAUCGAAGACAGUAUGAGAACUACAUAUGUAAAAGGGUACCGGGCAAACAAGCAGUGAUGGUACUCUCUUGUGAUAACGUACAUAUGGGUGAAGACAUGAUGGUGGAGCCAGGUUUAUUUUUAAGAACAAAAAUGACAGUCCAACAGUAUUGCUUAAGAUGGAAUAAUCAUCAACCAAACUUCAUAUCAGUGUUUUCUAGUCUUCUAAGUAGUCAAUGUCUAGUAGAUGUAACCUUGGCUGCAGAAGGAAAACAGUUGCAAGCACACAAGGUGGUGUUGUCUGCAUGUAGCUCAUAUUUUCAGUCGUUGUUUGCUACAAAUCCAUGUAAACAUCCUAUUGUAAUACUUAAAGAUGUAAAAUUCUUGGAUCUAAGAGUAAUGGUUGACUUUAUGUACCAUGGCGAGGUCAGUGUAUCCCAAGAACAACUGCCAUGUAUAUUGAAAACGGCAGAAAUGUUAAAAAUAAAAGGUUUGACAGAAAUUCCUAUGGAAAAUCCUGCUGCAAAAUGCCAAAGCCAAACAACAGAAAAAACUGAAAUGACACAAAGCACAGAAACUUGGAGUUUGGAUGAAAAUAGACCUCUAAGUCCUUCUUCACCUUCAAGCAAAAGGAGAAGAUUAAAAAAGAACGUUAUAUGUAAUCCGACAAUAACCACAGAAUCGGCAGAAGGUACAUCGAACGAAAUUUUAUUGAGUUCAGUCGAUAAUGUUUUCGAAGCAGUUUUAAAGACAGAGGAAAGUAGGAGUUUAGAAGAGAGUCCGCAAAAAUAUAAUGGUAUUCCCGUGUCAAGUAUACAACCGUCAACGUCUCAUCAUAGAGAGGCAGAACAACCUGUUCAUCAAAUAAUCACACAAGUAACUCCACCAGAAGAUAUAAACACAUCCCAACAUUUAGAGUGUUCUCCUGUAGAAAUGGCUCGCACUUGUCCAACUAGUCAACCUACUACUGUAACUUACUCCCCUCGCUCAUCUCAAUCGCCUCCACCCCAAGAAAUCCAACACAUGGGUCCAAAAAGGGGGCGUUUCCUAAUGCGACAAUCCCGGAUAAAACGAGAACCGGAUCUGUGCCAAGAAGCGGAGGUAGAACCCGCCGGAUUAUCUCAGUACCUGACAGUUCCAACGCCUUUAAGGAUAGAGAGACAAUGUUCGGAACCCAUACCUUCUAUUUCUACAUCUCCAGAUAAUUUGCUUCACGUUCCCGAACAUGUUUUAGUCAAACAACAUUCGCAUCCUAUAUUGCCCAGUAAAUCAACAGAGAGUAGUACAAGAUCAAGUCAUUGUCCCGUUAUCAGACAUGGGCCGGCAUUAGGAUGCAAUUUUUGUUGGAACACAGUGGAUACACAUGGUAGAAUUCUCAGAAGAAAAACCAAGUACCAUUGUCCAGAGUGUGAAACGAAUCUAUGUAUAGUACCGUGUUUCCAGGAAUAUCACAAAACUCAAGCAACUGGGGAUCCCCCUAACCCGAAUCCGAUAUUACCCUCCCCUACUGCUAAGGUGUAUCCCAAGAGCAUGUAAAUUAAAUUAUUGUUGUGUUAUUAUAUAUAAUAAAUAUUUAUGUACA